AUGUGCAAAAAUUACGAACGCCCUUCCACAGCUGACAAUAAGAGUCCGGUAGACACAGUAAUGAAAACCAGCAAAAUCGCUCGAUUGGAGGAACCGAAAGCUCGCAUGGUGAUGGUGCCGGACAAGUCGGACAAUGGGGAAGAGAUAGAGAAGCCGAAUAAUAUCCGAACCGAUGCUAAAAAACCGACGAAGGCCUCUUGGCAGUUCAACCCAUUUGAUGAAACUUCCGUCAGAGCAACGAAACUGAUCUUAAAAACACUAGAUAUGCGCAUGAAUGGUUCCACACUAGAGGAAUCGGAGCGAUCGAAACAAAUGCGAAUUGCAAUUGAAAUGUUGAACGAGGGAAUUAUGAAGAUGUUUGGAGAAAAACCUGAAUCCUCGAAGGAGUCUGUUUCAAAAAAGGAAGCGGAUGUCGAGAAAACCGAUCAACCCACACUGACACGUACGCAAAGCGCAAUUAAGGAGGAAAGACAGCGAUUGGAACAACUGAAAGCCGAAGUUAAAGCCUUGGAAGAGCAAGUCCGACAGAUUAACUUGGAGAACUCUGAACUUCCAGAACGACGACAAACGGCUCUCAGAGGAAAAACAAUAAUUGGUACGGCACAUGGCACAAAAGGAAAACUACAAAAGAAGCAAUUUGUCAAUCAAGCAAAACGCGAGUUCUUUGAAAGUUUACGAGCUUUGGAAAGAAAAGCAGGGAAAAAGAAGCCAUUCACUGGCAUAGCCGAAAACGGAGUGAUUCCAAUUCCCGCUGAUGCUAUACCAAGUGACGAUGAAGAAUACGGAAUAAUGAGUUCUGAAGGAAAGUCCAAAGGAGAUCCUAUCAGUUACCGCAGUGUACGUCCGUCUGGGGAUUACCUCAUGCUCAGAGCAGCGCAAGCUCGUACUUUUCCAGGAGAUAUGGAGAAAGUGAAAUAUGAACAGCUUUUGAAGAGGGAAAAAGCGUUGAUGAAGUCAUGA